ACUGAGUAACCACACAGAUCGAUCCAUUUGUUUACUGAGGUUGUCUGCUAGUCCUUUGCUUGAUCUGUCAGUGUUUAGAAAAUAAAAUAACAUAUAACAUGCUUUAAAAAAUUGUUCUUUUUUUUAUGUAACCGUUACGCGUCGAUCAACGGUACUGCAAUGCCGGGAACAGGAGAUAAUGUCGCAGAACUAGGAGAGAUAGAAAAUGUCAGAGUUGUUGUUCGUGUUCGACCAUUAAAUGGAAAGGAGUUGGACGGACACAGCAAAAACAUAAUAAAGGUUGAUGCAUUGAAUAGCGAAAUAACUAUUAACAAUCCAAAUGCAGCUCACGGUGAACCCCCCAAAGUUUUCUCUUUCGAUGCCGUCUUUGAUACGGAUUCUACUCAAGUCGACAUUUACAAUGAAACCGCUAGACCUAUCGUUGAUAAAGUUUUACAAGGAUAUAAUGGAACAAUACUUGCAUAUGGCCAAACUGGUACUGGUAAAACAUAUACAAUGUCGGGUGCUAAAACUCCUCCUCAACUUAGAGGUGUUAUACCCAAUACCUUUGCUCAUAUAUUUGGGCACAUAGCUAAAGCAGAUGAGAAUCAAAAAUUUCUUGUACGUGCAACCUACUUGGAAAUUUACAACGAAGAAGUAAGAGAUCUUCUUGGCAAAGAUCAAACUACUCGAUUAGAGGUCAAGGAACGACCUGAUAUUGGAGUCUUUGUGAAAGAUCUUAGUGGCUAUGUCGUUAAUAAUGCUGAUGAUUUAGAUCGCAUCAUGUCACUUGGCAAUAAGAACCGCAUUGUGGGAGCAACUGCUAUGAAUGUUUCCAGCUCUAGAUCUCAUGCUAUAUUUACAAUAACUGUUGAAUCCAGUCAACUUGGCGAAGACGGAGAGCAACAUGUUAAAAUGGGAAAACUUCAUUUAGUGGACUUAGCUGGUUCUGAAAGACAAAGUAAAACAAAAACAAGUGGAGUAAGACUUCGAGAAGCUACUAAAAUAAAUUUAUCAUUGUCAACAUUGGGUAAUGUAAUAUCUGCUCUUGUCGACGGGCAAAGCUCUCAUGUGCCUUACAGAAAUUCAAAAUUGACAAGAUUGCUUCAAGAUUCUUUGGGUGGUAAUUCUAAAACAUUGAUGUGUGCAAAUGUAAGUCCUGCUGAUAUAAAUUACGAUGAAACUAUAAGUACUCUACGUUAUGCUAAUCGUGCUAAGAAUAUAAAGAAUAGAGCAAGAAUAAAUGAAGAUCCUAAGGAUGCUUUGCUUCGUCAAUUCCAAGUAGAGAUUGAACAAUUAAGAAAGCAACUUGAAGAAAAUAUUACAGAAUUAUCAGAAACAGAAUCUGAAACGGAAGAUUCAGAAGAUACAGGAGAACCACGACGCGAGAAGAAAGCAAGACACAGGAGAAGUCAAAUGUUAACGAUGGAAGAAUUAGGUGACAAAGAUGUAAAUACGGAAAAAGUAGAUAAAGCAGAAAGAGAUGACAAAAGUCCAGAUGAUAAAGAUGUUAUCGAAUUGAAAAGAACACAAAGUGAAAAGGAAGCCUUAAGACAAAAAAUGCAAAAUUUACAAAAUAAAAUAUUAGUCGGUGGUGAAAAUUUAUUAGAAAAAGCUGAAGCUCAGGAACAAUUAUUGGCUGCCGCAGCUAUCGAACUUGAUCAACGUAAAAGUCGAGAGGAACAAUUAAAAAAAGCUAUAGAAGAAAAAGAAGCAGAACGUAUAGACAUAGAAGAAAAAUAUUCCUCUUUGCAGGAAGAAGCAGCUGGAAAAACUAAAAAAUUAGCAAGAGUUUAUACGAUGCUUAUGUCCGUUAAAGCUGAAUUAUCCGAUUUGCAGGAAGAACAUCAAAGAGAAAUGGAAGGUCUCUUAGAAGGUGUUAGAGGUAUCGGAAGAGAAUUACAACUUCAAGAAUUAAUUGUGAAUAACUAUAUACCAUCACAGUAUCAAAGUAUGAUUGAAAGAUAUGUUCAUUGGAAUGAUGAUAUUGGUGAAUGGCAAUUAAAGUGUGUAGCAUAUACCGGUAAUAAUAUGCGUAAAUCACAAGUAAUACCGCCUAUUGGAAAUAACAGAGAUCAAAUACAACCUGAUAUGUCAAAUAUAUAUCUCACAUAUAACACAAGAACGGAUAGUACGUUUAUACAACCGAAAAAGGUAAGAAGUCGUUCCGGUGUACCACGACCAACUACGGCUCAUCGACGUACACCACACUAAAGGAAUAUUAGGUUAUGAAAUAAUAAUUAUGAUAUUUCAAAUCUUACUUAGCAUUUUUUAAAUAAUUUUUUCUAAUAAGUAGUAAUAAAUUUAUUUAUUUAUUUUUUAUUCAAUGUGAUAAUUUCUAACGUCAACUUAUGCACAUUGUAGCACAUAUAUUAAACGAGGUGACUCUUUAACUUAUCCAGUAGUAUUGCUAAUAUAUAGAAUACAUAAAGUCACUUCGAUGUGUGCUUCAUGCAAUAGUACGGUGAUAUUCUUACGUAUAAUUAUAGUUAUACUUCUCUUCAAAUUAUUUUUGAUGAAUUUUUUGUAAUCGAAUUUAUUUGAAAUACUUAUUUUUUUCUUUUAAUAUUCUUUUACACGCGUCGAGAUAUUUAUUAUAAUACGAUGAUAUUAAUGAUAUCAUUAUAUCAUUCCUUGUUAUUUCUAUCAAUUUGUCCUAUUUUAAUUAAAUUUUUGAAAAUUUUUCUAUGUACAUCAAUUGUAAUUAUAACAAAUUGUUAUAUAUUUAUUCUGUAAUGCAAUAGAAAAAAUUGCAAGAUGCAGACCAAAUAAUGAAACUUAAAUGAAUAUUAUAAUUUCAAUAUACACAAUAUCUAUCCCUUUUAUCAUGAUAUUUGACACAGAUCAUUUCCAAAGGAAAAAAAAAGAAUUAUAAUAGAGAAGAAAAGUAUGUUUAUCAUACAGUACCUGUGUUAUUAGAAAUAAAAACCUAAUAAAUAUCAUGCCUCAAAGGCAAGUAGGAUAUUAUUGAUGCAUGUCAAAAUAUUUAAUAACAGCUGACAAAAUUUAUUACAUGUUUUUACAUUAUCAUCGUAUAAGAGAUUUUUGAUAAACAACACGUCUCGAUAAAGUCUGCGUGUAUGUGAGAACAAAUACUCUUACAAUUAGAGACGUAUUGUAAUCUAACAAUACCAAGAUUUCCCUGUUAACUUGGUAUAGACUAUCAUUAUAAUUUAUUUAUUUAUUGUAUAAAACCUAUUUCUCGUCUCCGUCUCUAAAUCGAUCGAUCAAUGUUCUUAUCUCUGUCUUAC